AUUCGAGCAUCACCUCCCAAAAUCUGUUCCUUCGGUGGUGAGCUUCCCCUGAACUCUCUACGCUCUCCGGCGUGCUCUACGAGAAGGGGAAUCGCUUCAGCGGCCGGGAACUUCUCGUCAGAUUUUCUGCUUUCCGGUGAUUUGGCCGAGCAGGGGAAGAAAUGGCGAAGAAUGUCGGAAUCAUCGCUAUGGACAUCUACUUCCCUCCCACCUGCGUUCAACAGGAAGUACUUGAGGCUCAUGAUGGUGCCAGCAAGGGGAAAUACACUAUCGGGCUGGGACAAGAUUGCAUGGCCUUCUGCUCGGAGGUUGAAGAUGUCAUCUCAAUGAGUUUGACAGUUGUUACAUCCCUCCUUGAGAAGUAUGGAGUUGAUCCCAAACAGAUCGGACGUUUGGAAGUUGGCAGUGAGACUGUUAUUGACAAGAGCAAAUCUAUCAAGACUUUCAUCAUGCAAAUCUUCGAGGCAUGUGGGAAUACCGACAUUGAAGGUGUUGACUCAACAAAUGCAUGUUAUGGAGGGACCGCGGCUCUUUUUAACUGCGUCAACUGGGUGGAGAGUGCUUCAUGGGAUGGCCGCUAUGGGCUUGUUGUCUGCACUGACAGUGCGGUAUAUGCCGAAGGACCAGCUCGGCCCACUGGUGGUGCAGCUGCCAUUGCCAUGCUCAUUGGGCCUGAUGCCCCUAUUGCUUUUGAAAGCAAAUUACGUGGAAGCCACAUGGCUCAUGUCUAUGAUUUUUACAAGCCUAACCUUGCUAGUGAAUAUCCAGUUGUUGAUGGGAAGCUAUCUCAAACAUGUUAUCUAAUGGCUCUUGAUGCCUGCUACAAGUAUUUUUGCCACAAGUUUGAGAAACUUGAGGGCAAGCAAUUUUCUAUUAACGAUGCAGAGUACUUUGUUUUUCACUCUCCUUAUAACAAGCUUGUGCAGAAAAGCUUUGCCAGAUUGGUUUUUAAUGAUUUUACGAGGAAUGCCAGCUCUGUGGAUGAGGCUGGAAAAGAGAAGUUAGCCCCUUUUGCAUCCUUGACUGGUGAUGAGAGUUACCAGAACCGUGAUCUCGAGAAGGCAUCUCAACAAGUAGCAAAGCCACUUUACGAUGCAAAGGUGCAGCCCACCACUCUGGUUCCGAAACAAGUUGGGAACAUGUACACCGCAUCUAUAUAUGCGGCAUUUGCUUCUCUCAUUCACAACAAGCACAGUGCAUUGAAUGACAAGCGGGUGAUAUUGUUCUCGUAUGGAAGUGGUUUAACUGCCACGAUGUUUUCUCUCCGACUCCGUGAAGGGCAGCAUCCGUUUAGCUUGUCCAACAUUGCAAGCAUUAUGAACGUUGGGGAGAAGUUGAAAUCGAGGCACGAGUUUCCACCGGAGAAAUUUGUCGAAAUAAUGCAGCUGAUGGAGCACAGGUACGGGGCCAAGGACUUCGUAACAAACAAGGACUGCAGCCUCCUUGCUCCUGGCACUUACUACCUGACUGAGGUUGACUCCAUGUACCGGAGAUUUUAUGCGAAGAAGCCCAAGGAAGCUCCCUGCGAGAAUGGCGCAGUGGCAAAUGGCCAUUGAGAGUGGAAAGGAGAAUGAAGUUCAGAAUUGUGGGGCAGCCUCAUUUAAGAAGGAAUUCCUAUCGUUUUCAAUUGCCUGUAAUUGUUAGCACAUAAUAUGUUCAGCUUCUUUUUUUGCUCAUCUUUUUUUGUACGACCAACUUCAAAUAAAGUUUUUCCGAUUAUCUGUUCAGAAGAAUUGCUGAUUCCGAUCCUCGGAUAGAUACCUUCGCCUA